AUGAGAAGAGAAGGAGAGGGAAUUGAAGAACGCUCUGAAUAUAUAAUGUACCAUCAUGGCAACUCUAGCUUUAAUGGUGUAGGUUUCCUGGUGAAGUCCAAGUACAAAAACACAAUCCUAAACUUCACGGGAAUCUCAGACCGCUUGGCAAUACUGCGCAUGCAAAUCCCUAAUAACAAAAAAGAACUAACAAUUAUCCAAGUAUAUGCUCCCACCCAGCAAGCUAGAUCUAGUGAAAUGGACGAAUUCUACAAUGUUUUAUCAGUGGAAGCAAAGAAAUAUGCAGAAACCAACCUUAUUAUCAUGGGCGACUUUAAUGCGCAAAUCGGCCCAAAACAGGCAGGUGAAGAUCACAUAAUAGGCAGAUUUGGGCAUGGCAAGCGGAGCAUUAAUGGUCACAAACUUGUCGACUUUCUAUUAGAAAAUAACUUGACACUACUUAACUCCGUCUUCAAGAAGAAACACAAAAAUAAAUGGACAUGGAUAUCACCUGAUGGGAGAACUAAAAACGAGAUCGACUUUACACUUUCCAACAUUCCUAAAAAUUUCGCAGAUACAGGUGUAAUACAAAAUUUUAAUUUUAAUACCAACCAUCGAAUGGUCAGAGGCUGUUUGAGUGUAUCAGGAUUUAAAUCUUUAGACAAAAUCCAAAGUUGA